AUGCCCCGGCGAACACAUGCAAAACGACCCGUCAUAUCAGCACCAAUUGGUCCCGUCAGGCAUUUGGAGGGAAUAACUUUCGAAGGAAAUGACGCUCUUAGGAUGGUGUAUCGGUCAAAUUUCUCGACGGCCAACACCAACCAAAGCAUUACAACAAGCAGUCCGAUUGUUUCUUCCGACUCACUUGCCUCUCGAAAGUCGCGUCGGGUCUCCAGAAGCUUCCCAAAUACGCAGCCCCCGUCGGCAAGCCCGACUGUUGUGGAGUCUGACAUCAGUGCUCUAAGUCGGAUUGAAACAAAUAGUUCUUCCAAGGCGUCUGUUGGCAAGAGACCGGCCCUGUUAUCGCUGUCGACAAGGUCUUCUUCGUCGAGGCAUUUACCCAAGUACACCCUGGUUGCGCGGCCAGAGUCGGCUGGAAAUGCCGCCGACGUACCGCCUUUGAAAGGGCCAAACCACGAUGGGGAUCCCUCCAUUCCGAGAUCGAUGAGCAAAUGGAACACAAAGACGCUGGCGGUGCUUCAAGAGCUCAAAAAGCCCUUCCUGAGAAGGAGCCUGGCCGCUGUCCGGGGUCUCAGCCCUGAUCUUCCGCGCCCGACCCAAGUCGUGUCCAAAUGUAGAGGAUCUGAACCGAGUGUUUCGGGCUUUCGGUCCUCUGCAUCGACCCUGGCAACCUUCGUUGGCAUCAGUUCUCGACCAAAUUCUCCUCCCAAUGUCUCCCCUGGCAAAAAGCCCAGCCCGAGACAGUGCGAGGCCUACUGGACCGGUCGGUUCACGGCGCUGAGUGAUCGGUUCUUAAACGAGAGGCUUAACAAUGGCGCUUUCAGUUCAUCUUCAUCACCAACCCACAAUACCAGAGACCAGGUGCAGACGCGAUUGCCUCUCCCAUCUCGCCCAUCUCUGGCUUCUCAUGACCGCCUGACGUAUCUCGCCCCGUCAAACACAACAUCCGCUCUACCAACAGCUGUGCACGACCCUAGACCACGUCCCCCUGAUGACCAGGAAAUCUUGCGGCAAAUAUGUGAGCAACUUGAGUUGGAGUGCCGCACACCAGCUGAGCGAAACUCGUUCUGCGAGUGGAAAGACACGUAUUAUGCUCUCAAGUACGUUCAAACAGAACCCCGCGCCGCCGAAUGGACGUACGACAAAGGCCAGAAAAACGGGCUUCUUGCUGGUGUGGGCAAUCGCUUUAAGAGGGGCGAAGUACGACGAGAGUCAAGUGUUAGGAAAUUGGCGAACUCAAGGUCAGGGGCGAUUGGCAUGACAUUUGGUCGCGGAGUGGCGGUAUACUGA